CAAGUGGGCGCUUUUUGGUUUAUAAAAUAGGCCAGCAACCCUGCAAAACCUUCUCCAUCUUCUUCCCCCUCAAAAUUUUAGGUCUCUCUUCCUCGGUGUUUGAUCUGAUUCUCUUCAGGCUAGACUCUGAAACUCUAUCAAUAGAAACCCAUAUCGCUCUCUGCACAAGAUCUCCAUCUUUCUUAAUUCUAUAGCUAUCACAUGUUUUUGUUUAAUGCAAAAUAUCUUGUUCUUGAUGUUUGAAACUCAUGUCUCCGGUAGUCAGUGAAAUCCUCCUUUCUGGGUUUAUGAUAAACUCCACCCUCCGGCGCAGGACCCACUUGGUUCAGUCCUUCUCUGUUGUCUUCCUCUACUGGUUUUACGUUUUUUCAUGAACUAAAUAGGGCCUCCUCUCUCGCUGCACUUCGAAAUUAGAUCUUCUUUAUAAUAUAGUUCAUAUACAUAUAAAAGCAUAUCUAUAUUAAAGAUCUUGUUUUUGUUGAGCUUAAUAUCACUAUUAUUGUUCAAACAUAUAUACGCCACAAAUAUGGAUUCUUCUAGUACUGGAGCUGCUUCUUCAGGGUCCAGCGCACUUCACAACUCAGGGUCUGAGGGCGACCAUCUGCAACAUGUUAUGGAUCAAAGAAAGCGGAAAAGGAUGCUGUCAAAUCGUGAAUCGGCGCGCCGAUCAAGACAGCGCAAACAGAAGCACCUGGAUGAUUUGAUGGCUCAGGUGUGCCAGCUCACAAAAGAGAACCAUCAAAUCCUCACGAGCAUGAACAUGACCUCUCAGGUGCACGUGAAUAUUGAGGCUGAGAACUCAAUUCUAAAAGCUCAGAUGGCUGAGCUCAGCCAGAGGCUAGAAUCUCUUAACGAGAUCGUCAAUUAUCUGAACUCCAGCACAAAUGGUCUUUUUGAGACACAACAAGAUCAUGACAUUCAGACCCAUGAUGAUAAUAGCUUCAUGCACCCAUGGAGUUCUAUCUAUCUGAACCAUCCGGCCAUUAUGGCAUCUGCAGAUGUAUUUAUGUACUGAUCAUGAUCUUUUUGUAACAAUCUUUGGGCUUCCUGGUGUUGCUGAAUAUGGUUCUUGUUCUAUCUAGUUUAUUCAUGUAUGGUUUCCAAUUGGUUCUUGCAGAGGUGGAGCCGAUGGCCAAAAAGAAACGUGACAGAUUAAUGGUGAACAGAUUUAUUUAGCAGAG